GGCUCCGCAUCGUAGACUCUACUGGCUAGAAAGGCCUGCUUUAGUCUCUAUGAUGCAGGCCGCGUACGCCCCCCCUACCUCGUUUGACGCUAUGUGAUUGGGCAGGGAGGGUGUGACGACACGCGCGUCAGCUGACAGUUAGAUUUGAAAAUUGAGGCGGGUAGCGGCGCGGCGCGCGCCCGGAAAAGGAAGGUUUCUGCCACGGGCCUGGCCUGGGAGAGCGCCGGCUGCGGGCGGACGGAGCCAUGGAGGCGGCGUCGGGCCCCGCGCACCUACCCGCGGUCUGCAACCGCAAACUGGCCGAGUUCCUGCGGCAGGUGGACGCCAUCGACAUGGUCUGGCUGCGGGAGAUCCGCGAGGAGGCCGCCAAGAUGUUCAGCGGCAGCUGCAGCGAUGAGCCAGAGCUGAUGCCAAAAACACCAUCACAGAAAAAUCGUCCAAAGAGGCGACUUUCGAGUGUUCAGGAUGAGAACAAAGACCCAAUCCGGAAAAGGUUAUCAAGGAGGAGUAUUAAGCGAGCAUCUGCUAAGCGAUGUUCCAGAAGACUCCGAAGCAAAGAGGACCUGGAAAUAAUAAGGGCUGUGGUGGAAGAGGCCUCCCCGCCUCGAAGGGUGACAAGAUCUCGGGCUGUGGUAUCUGAUAUGCGCUCUGUGGCACUUCCUGAGAAGUCAGCUAUCCAGCCAGUGGAAGGAAGGGUCCCCUUAGUAGAUAUCAGUGUCAAUGAUCGCAAUAGUGCUGAGUUACAUCUGAAGAGAAGUCUGCCCAAGACAGAGGCCAAGGUCUCCAAAGUCAUUGUCCUGAGCUCAGAUGAUGACUCUCCCAAGAAAGCUGGGACGGUAGAACUGCAGCCUAUGUCUGCAGUCUCUGUGCUGUUGAUUCCUGAAACUACUAAGCCAAAAGGGGAAAGAGAAGGCCGGAGUGCAUCUAAAUUAAAAAUAGCAAAUACAGCCACUAGGAAAGCCACUGUAAAUAGGGAGCCUGCCGCUGAGGAGAUGGAAGAUAACCAAGGCUCAGUAAAGGAACUUUUCCAGGAUUUAAAGGAUGGCACGGGGACCCCUACAGGCUCCAAAUCAAGCCGUCACUCUGUUCGUCGAAGUCUGAUGUGCAGAUCCUCCAUGAGCUGCCGUACCUCAUUGGCAGAGAAGUACUCACUGGCCAGCAAAAGGGAAAGCAUGAUCCGGAAGUCUGUCAGCAGGACGAGGUCCAAGAGAAUUGCAGCUCGUCAAUCAUCUCUAGCCUCCAACUGCGUGAUCCGUCACAGCUCUGUGGAGAGCCUUAUGGAUGAAGAAAAAAACGUCAAAGUCAGGUCUGAGCUGGGAUCUACCAUCCCCUGUAAGGAGGGUCCCCAAAGCCCCAGGAUGUCCCUUCGUUCUAGGAAUGCCAAGACAGCCGUUGGCAACCUUGUCCAGGCAGAGCAGCAGGAGGGGAGUGGUACAGAGAGCCAGUCUGAUAAGAGCGAUGAGGCACAGGAACAACCCCAGAGUGUCAGGAGAAAGCCAAGUUACAAGAAAGCUGUGGAUGAGCUGUAUGAUGGGCAGCAAGCAGAGGAAGGCGGGCUCUCCCCUCCAAGAAAAAAGACUCCCUCACCACUCUGUCCAGCCAGCAAAGUUGUGCGUCCAUUUAAGACCUUUUUACACACUGUGCAGAAGAACCAGCUGCUGAUGACCCCAGGUUCGGUGGGGCAAAGUAGUAAAAAGAAAUCCUUCCUCAAACACAACACUCCCCUCCGAACCGAUCCCAAGGGUGAAUUUGUCGAGAAGGAGCGGCAGCGGCUGGAGAGCCUGAGGAAGAAACAGGAGGCCGAGCAACAGAGAAAACAAAAACUGGAGGAGGAAAAGAGACAGCGCCUAGAGGAGAUGAAACUGAAACGGGAAGCGCGUCUGCGCAAGGUGCUGCAGGCUCGGGAGCGGGUGGAGCAGCUAGAGGAGGAGAAGAAAAGGCGGAUUGAGCAGAAACUUGCACAGUUUGAUGAGAAGAGUGAGAAGGUGCGGGAGGAGAGGCUGGCAGAGGAAAAGGUAAAGAAGAAGGUAGCUGCCAAGAAGAUGGGAGAUGUUGAGGCCCGGCGCAGACAAGAAGAGGAGGCCCGAAAACAGAAAGCGCUGCAGCUGGAGGAGGAGGAGCGCCGACACAAGGAGCGAAUGCAGAAGAAGAGGGAGGAAGAAGAGCAAGAGCGAGCGAAGAAAAUUGCAGAGCAGAGACAGGCGGAACAAGAGAGGGAGAAGCAGCUGGCAGCAGAGAGAGAGCUUGAGAAGAAGAAGGAACAGGAGAGGAUUCAGGCAGAGAGAGAACGUGAGCGGCAAGAGAAGGAGAAGGCGGCUCGCCUGCAGAGGGAGCUAAUGGCAGCUAGAGAAAAGGAGCGGCUCCAAAAGGAGAUGGAAGAAAAAGAGAAGAAACGGCAGGAGGAGCAGCGUCUAGCAGAGCUGGAACGGCAGGAGCAAGAGAAGAAAGCCACAGCUGCUGCCAGUAACCAUCUGAAUGUAACUGUGGACGUGGAGAAUUCCCCUGUCUGUAACUCCUAUCAAAUGACCCCGCAAGGCCCAAAAGGGCCUAAACCCCCCACCAUCAAUCCCAAUAAUUACGGGAUGGAUCUGAACAGCGACGACUCUACGGACGACGAGAGCCAGCCCCGCAAGCCCAUCCCUGCCUGGGCCAAUGGGACUCAGCUUAGUCAAGCUGUCAUCCACCAGUACUAUAACCCUCCUGAUGUCACCAUGCUCUUUGGGGCCAUCAUAAGCCCUAAGCUGGAGAACAUUUUCUACAAGAACAAGCCGCGAUACUUUAAGCGCACCAGCUCUGCUGUCUGGAAUUCCCCACCUUUUCCAGGUGCCAAAGCUGUGCUAGGCCUGCCCUACAGCCUGAAAAAAUACUGAGGAUGGAGGAAUGUGUCUCCUAUGGAGUAGUGGGGUUUUAGUCUUUGUCUACGGAAGAAAAAGGAUUUUAUAAUAUCCAAUCUCUGUAAAUCUCUUAAUGUUUGUAGAUUAAUAAAGGUCAGAUGUUACUGGGGCUUUUCAUGUUUGUCGCACAUGGGAUUUUUGUUGAAUUUUCUCUAGUGGGGACAUGGGGGAGAGACCCAAACCUACAGGGGAUAUUCCCUCUGGUGCACACUAGCCUCUUUUGCACACCUUUGACUCACUGGAUGUUCAGUCACUGGAGAGAUCAAGGUGUAUCCUUAACUAAACUGCAGGAAACACCAUUGAUUUAGCUCUGUCCUUAUAGAAUUUCGCAAAGAUGCGGGUAUAUGCGUUAGGCUAAUUCUCUUCCACACUUUCCAGCAGACCCUCUUCUAUAGAAAUACUUCAACAUAGGACUACUGUAAUUUUAAUAAAACAUUCACUUUUUUUUAAACCAAAUGCAAGAUUUCACAGUAGAGCCUGAAAGAGUUCUAAGCAGAAUGAACUGAUGACAACAGACAAGGUCCACAAGACAGGAACUGAAAAUGAACACAGCUUUGUGCAAUCGAUAAAUGUGUCUAAAACUAAUUCCACACCUCGUCAUAGGCUAGAACAGAAGUUAUUAACCUGUGACUCCCACAUCCCAGGAUCCUCUUCAGUGUUUCAGGAAAAAAAAAUACUGUAGUGUACAAACCUAAUUUACAUUCACCAGUUUAAUAACCUAAAGAGCUAGACACUUUUCUUAGUGGAAGCAUAGCUCCUUACCAAAAACUUUUCCCCCAUGAAAAGCAAGUUUGACAAACUACCCUGCAGGCAUGGUGGUUUGAGUUUUGCACUGGUAUGCCUUAAUCUUUAGUAAAGAGAGGCUGAUGCACAUUGAGUAGUAUAAUUAGGUAGUACAUGUUCACAGACCAGGAAGAUACACUAUAUAUCUGCACAUAUUCAGAUUCUUAAUUUUAUGUUGAAGUGAUGAAUUAUGCAUUUAUUUACUACUUUUUUAAUCAUGACUUAUUUUGCACUGCAUUUAGAUGGCACCUGGAAUUUUAAAACCGUUUAUUCAUUUAACAAAACUACAUUAGAUAUGCUGGAUGAACACACAAAAGUUUAUCAAAACAUUUUGCAUUUUAAAAUUGAUUUAUUAAUACUUUUAGUUCUCUACACUCACAGAAGACGUUAUUGCUGACAAAAGCUGGUUUAACACCUAAAACUGGUUCCACAUGAUUAGCUAGUGAAUUCCAGUAGUUGAGCGGUUUGACUUUAAAACUUUGGCUGCAAACAUGUACUGCAGUGGUAUUCAGUUAUAUGGGGGGUGGGGCUGGAUAAGGCAAUGUCCAAAUCUUGGUGCACCGCAGGGCUCUUCAGGUGUUUGCUCUCUUGAGCAAGUAUGUUAAUUCUUCACUUAACUGGCAGGGAUUGGCAUCCUAUGGCAUAUGUGUGACUUUCUGUACUUCGUGUGAACACCCCAUGUUCAUCCUCAUAAUAUGAUUGUCUGGUAUCUAAUGCAAAGUUUGUCAUGUUGGGUGUCUUUGGAAGGCUCAUGAUGUACUGAGCAUUGUUGUUAUGGUAAUGUUAUAGUAAUCGUUGUUAUAGUAAUGUUAUAGGUUAUAAUUUCAUGUAUAUAGUUAUGAGGCUGAAAAUGUGUCCUGAUGGCUUAAAGCAAGCCCAGGCAAAAACUCUCCAAGAGCAGAGAGGCAAUUCACACCGCAUCAGGGCAUGUAUGGAACAAACCCAACCCAGCCUCACAGGAACAAAGGACACUGACCUAGGCAACAACAAAGGAUCUGUUGGACUCUCAAGUGAGUCACCCCCCUUCCUUUGGUCAGUUUGGGACUGCAAUGAGGUAAUGCUCACCUGACUAUGAAUGGCUGGGGCAAAGCCAAGAGGGAAGAAAGAACAUGAUAAAAGGGAGAGACGUUUGCCAUGCUCUUCCUCUCUCUUCUACCUCCAUCUACAGACAUCUCCACCAAGCAACUGAAGCGCUGAUCAAAGGGGAGAGCCUGGCUGAAGAGCAGCCAGCCAGCCUGUUGUUAGAAGCAUCUAAGUUUGUACGGGCACCAAAAGUGUUAAGAUCAGCUUAGAAUGCGUUUUGCUUUUAUUUCAUUUGACUAAAUCUGACUUAUGCUUUGACUUAUCACUUAAAAUCUGUCUUCGUAGUUAAUAAAUCUGUUUAUUCUACCUGAA